AUGCGCGAUGGAAAGAAAGCUAGAGCCGAGAGUCACCUUAAUAAAACCCUCACUGAAAUGCGCUCUCUCACUGCAAACUCCACUGAACCCGUUUCCUUACUCAGAAACGCUAUCGCUAUGGCUGCACCUUCUUUCCGUCUAAGCAGUAGCAAGCGUAACAAUAAAGUUCUACAUACUCCACUGGCACUUAACGAACGUCAGAGGAUUAGACUUGGUUUCCAUGCCCUAAUGAAGGCUUCUGAUAAACGUAAUGAAAAGUUCCUGCAUCAUAGACUGGCGAGAGAGGUUCUCGCUAUACUUGAACAACAAUCUGAUGUUCUUAAGAGGAAGGAGGAGAUUCACAAGAGUGGGGCUAUCAAUAGAGCUAAUUUGGUACAAGCGAUGAUGAGGAGGUGA